CAGUCGUAGAAUGGCGCCAUUUACGAAAUUUUGUUUAUUGAUGGAGAGAAGGUUUGAUGAUCCGUUGCUAACAUUGUGAAAGAUCGCUGACACGUUUAGAAUAUAUAAACCCGUAUGUUUGAAGAGAGGUACACAUACUGUGUUUAAAUGAAUGCUUACUGUGUUAUCUGUUCGGACCGAUUUGUGUCAACUGGUGGUGAAUGGGACAUUGCUGCAGGCAUUUGUGGUCAUACGUUCCACUCUGCCUGUUUGGGUACAUGGUUGGAAACUUCCAGAACAUGCCCAACCUGCCGGAAACGCUGGUCAAAGAAAGAUGUUGCCAUAAAGUUAUAUUUUGACUUUGAUAAUUUAGCAUUGGAAACUGAAGAAACAUCUACUCCAAGACUGCUCAAUGAAUUAAACAGCAUGCAUGCCAAGUUGGCUGAGUUUGAACAGAAGAAUAAACAGUUAGAGAAGGACUUUCAGAAUGUCUGUGAUGAAAAAGAAGCUCUCUCUCUUGCCCACCAGAAUGCACUAGCUGAGGUCCAGGUGAUGAUGUCUUCCAUGAAGGCAAAAAACAAACAGAUUCAGUACUACCAGAACUGUGAACAGAAUUGGAUUGACAAAGACAAGGAACGCGUAGAGCUGAAGAAUAGAGUUGAAAGUUUUGCACAAAUCAAGAAACUAGUUCAAAUGACUGAAGCCGAAAGUAAAUUGCUGUUGGAAGAUGUGAUGAAUGGACCCGGGGCAGUGGAGCGAUUAGUUAAUCUCUGUACCAUCAUUAAACGAGAAUAUGAACAGUGCAAACGGAGCAGGAAAUCUCAGCGCUCUGAACUGGAAAAGGUUUUGAAGCAAUUGGCUUCAAUGCGAGUGACCCUUGAUGAGACGAAAACCCAAGAGAAGCUGCUUAGAGAACACUGCAAGAAUUCUGAAAAAGAACUAACAAGAUGUGAGGCUGAAAUAGCAACCUUGAGAAAACACCUUGCCAAAUCUGAGCCUAAAAAAAGACUCUUGACAUCCGAACUGAAUAAUGAGAUUAUUCCAGAGUCUGAAAAUUUUGAAGAGGUUCCACAUUCAUCUACUCCACCUCAAUCAUCUUCAUUAUCAAUAGAGUUAAAAACCAAGAAGGCUGCUGUUGUUAGCAAUUGCAUUUCAAAUGACUCACAACCUAAUUUUUUUUGGAAAAUUACAUCUGCAUGCCAAAAGAAACCAAAGUUGACCAGCAAGAGUUCAUCCAAUGUUAUUCCUAUUCCAUCUUGCAAUGGCUCACCACAGGUGCCAAUUCUGCAGAAUAUUCGACGUGGUUAUGACGGCUUAGGAGGCCAUACUUCUUUCACUCAAUCUCUUGGUCGGACUUCUAUCUUGAAAAGGAAACAGUUAGAUAAUAAUGUCAGUAAUACAAAACACAAAAUGUUCUCACCAAGAAAUUAAUUUUUUUUUUUCUACUUUUUUAAAAAAUAGUUAUCCAACAUUUUCCACCUUCUUUUUUAAACUUUCUAUUGUCUAUUUUUUAAAUUAUCUAGGUUGUAAAAGAAAAUUAAAAUUUUAUGCAUUUUUUGUUAA